CUGCGCACAGCGGGUGCUCGCCCUGCCCCUGGUCGGAAGCUGCGGCUCUAAUACCAAAAGCCCUUUCACACGGAGCCGGAAGUUGGAGAGCGCGGAGCCAAGGUUCCCGGAAGGCGCCUAAGCUUCCUUCUAGAACCUCUGAAGACUCGUGUUGCCUGAGGAAGCCCUGAAGUUAAGAAAGAGGAAAGAAGAGGAGUGAGGCAUGGCUCUUUGUCAGGAACGACUGACCUCUGAGGAUGUGGCCAUCGAAUUCACUCAGGAGGAGUGGGAAUUCCUAGACCCUCCUCAGAGGGCCUUGUACAGGGACGUGAUGCUGGAGACCUACAGGAACCUGCUGUCUGUGGAUAUCGCUCCUACACAUGUGAUCAAGCUUUUACAACCCAAAGUGAACAGUGAUAAACAAGAAACAUUCCAAAAAUUGAUGCAGGGAAGACCUGAAAGCUGUGAAAUCAAACAUUUUCAUCUUUGGGAAAGUCAGAACAAUAUGUGUGACUUUGAGUAUCAGGGGAGAGAUGACAAAAGAAAUUACAAAGGGACACCUGUAAGCCUUAAUGGAAAUGUGCCUGAUAGAAGAGAUUCGCAUGAUAGAAAGGAUACAGGCAUCAAGCCCUUUGGAAAGAGAUUUGGAUUUAACUUUGAGAAUAAACUGCAGAUAUUUCAAACUGGCAGGAUAAUCUCUGAAUAUAAUGAAGUUAAGAGUUCUGUCAACAACAAUUUCUCAUUUUCACCACUUCAAAGAAUUCCUCCUUGUGUCCAAACCAGUGUUUCUAAUAUAUAUGGGAAUGAUUUUAUGAAUCCUUCAGUAAUAACACAAGAACUCAAAGCACAAAGGGAAAAACCUUACAAAUGUGGUGAGUGUGGCAAGGCCUUUCGUGUAAAGUCAACCCUUUUAAGUCAUCAGACAGUUCAUACUGGAGAGAAAGCUUACAAAUCUGAUGAGUGUGGCAAGGCCUUUUGUGUAAAGUCAACCCUUCUAAGUCAUCAGACAGGUCAUACUGGAGAGAAACCUUACAAAUGUGAUGAGUGUGGCAAGGCCUUUUGUGUAAAGUCAACCCUUUUAAGUCAUCAGACAGGUCAUACUGGAGAGAAAACUUACAAAUGUGAUGAGUGUGGCAAAGCCUUUACUCACAGCUCACACCUCAGGAGACAUAAGAAAAUUCAUACAGGAAAGAAAUUGUUUAAAUGUGAUAUAUGUGACAAAGUCUUCGGCCGAAAUUCAAACCUUGCUAGUCAUCAGACGGUUCAUACUGGAGAGAAACCUUACAAAUGUGAUGAGUGUGGCAAGGCCUUUCGUGUAAAGUCAACACUUUUAAGUCAUCAAACAGUUCAUACUGGUGAGAAACCUUACAAAUGUGAUGAGUGUGGUAAGGCCUUUCGUGUAAAGUCAAUCCUUUUAAGUCAUGAGACAGUUCAUACUGGAGAGAAACGUUACAAAUGUGAUGAGUGUGGCGAGGCCUUUCGUGUAAAGUCAUCCCUUUUAAGGCAUCAGACAGUUCAUACUGGAGAGAAACCUUACAAAUGUGAUGAGUGUGGCAAGGACUUUUGUGUAAAGUCAAACCUUUUAAGUCAUCAGACAGUUCAUACUGGAGAGAAACCUUAUAAAUGUGAUGAGUGUGGCAAGGCCUUUCCUGUAAAGUCAACGCUUUUAAGGCAUCAGACAGUUCAUACUGGAGAGAAACCUUACAAAUGUGAUGCGUGUGGCAAGGCUUUUCCUGUAAAGUCAACCCUUAUAAAGCAUCAGACAGUUCAUACUGGUGAGAAACCUUACAAAUGUGAUCAGUGUGGCAGGGCCUUUCGUGUAAAGUCAAUCCUUAUAAGGCAUCUGACAGUUCAUACUGGAGAGAAACCUUACAAAUGUGAUGAGUGUGGCAAGGCCUUUCGUGUAAAGUCAACCCUUUUAAGGCAUCAGACAGUUCAUACUGGUGAGAAACCUUACAAAUGUGAUGAGUGUGGAAAAGUCUUCCGGCAAAAACCACAUCUUCAACUUCACUGGAGAAUUCAUACUGGAGAGAGACCUUUCAGAUGUAAUGAAUGUGGCAAGUUCUUCAGUCAAAAUUCACAACUUAAAAGACAUCGGAGUACACAUAUAGAGAAACCUUUCAAAUGUUUCGAUUGUGGAAAAUCCUUUACUCAGGUAUCAGCACUCACUAAACAUCAGAAAAUCCAUACAUGAGAGAAACUGAUGUGAAUGUGGUAUAUGGUAGAAGUCUUCAAAUUUCAAAGUUCAAAAUUUACACCCUAAUGUUGCUCAGAGAAUUCAUCCUACUGAGAAACCAUACAAAUAUCAUGAGUGUGGCAACAUCUUAGGCUUCAUGAGAAAAUUCAUACUGGAUAGAAGCCAGAUAUAUAUGUAUUUAUUAGUCAGGUCUUUAGAACAUGAAUUCAUUCUAGAAAGAUUCGUCACCAAUUUCACAGCUUUUUUUAAAAAAAUAAUAAUAACCCUAUCCUCACAUCUCACCAGUAGUAUCAAAGUAUUUAUCCUGGAGAAAACACACAGCAAUGUAAUGUGUGUGGCAAGGAUUUUACCCAAAAGUCACAAGAUAGGAAUAUUGUGGAGCCAUACUUCCCAGACUCAGUGGAUGUGGCAAAUCCUUUGCCUUUUUCACUAUAUGUAUUCCCUGAUGACUUUAGUUCAGGUACUCAGCAACUGCUGUAAGUCCAUAUUUGAAGAGAAGCUAUAGAGAUCUUUUCGUGUAAAAGAAACCCGAAUUCUAACUCAGCAAAAAUGAUUCUUUGGGACAGUAGUCCAGCAUCUUUUUGGUCUCCUGGCUUUCCUGGAUAAAGUCACUAUUCCUUGUCCAACAA